GUGAUUUGGUUCGAGGUAACGUAAGCGGUUGGCUAGCUACUACGGUAGCCACCCAGCUUCAGCUAGUAAAGCUAUGUCAAUGUUUGUGUUCGAUAAUACUGGCUGUCUAUUAGACUAGCUAAUGUAACUCGCAAUUGUGGGACAUGCAUAGCUAGAUAUCACUACAAUAUGGCACUCCUUGAGCCGAUAACAGGUUUUCAGAAAUGUUGAAUGAUCGGAGAUAGCUAGCUGACGUUACUUAGUGUAGAAAUAUAGCUAACGUUAUCUAGCCACUGAUUCUAGAUAGCUAACGGGAUAGCGGCUCUACGGAUAGCCAAUUUCGAACCUGUCCUUGGUUCGUAGCAAGCUAGCGGCGAUGCUAACGUGUGGAAUGUAAUCUACUAUAGCACGAGCUGAUGAUACCAUACAAUGCCAAGUGUUGUUGCCCUGUUCAGUUGAAGAGUACCAGGUCGGCCAGCUGUUCUCUGUUGCUGAGGCUAGCAAGAAUAACACUGGAGGAGGAGAGGGUAUUGAAGUGCUUCGAAAUGAACCAUAUGAAAAGGAUGGAGAGAAAGGCCAAUACACGCACAAGAUCUACCACAUACACAGCAAGGUACCCAGUUUCAUCCAGAUGUUUGCUCCAGAGGGAGCCCUUGUCUUCCACGAGAAAGCUUGGAAUGCCUACCCCUAUUGUCGCACCAAAUGAAUACAUGAAGGAUGACUUUUUCAUUAAGAUUGAGACCUGGCACAAACUAGACAUGGGGACCACAGAAAAUCCCCAUGGUCUUUCCCCAGAGGAAUGGGAGGAGGCUGAGGUUGUUCCAAUUGACAUCGCUGACCGAUCACAAGUUGAUGAUGUGGACUAUAAGCCAGAGGAAGACCCAGCCAUCUUCCAUUCUGAGAAAACUGGAAGAGGACCCCUGGGACCAGGAUGGAAGAAAGAGCUCCACAACAGUAACUGUCCCUAUAUGACUGCCUAUAAGCUUGUAACGGUGCAUUUCCGCUGGUGGGGGCUGCAGGGACGAGUGGAGAACUUUAUUCACAAGCAAGAGAAGCGCCUCUUCACUAAUUUCCAUCGGCAGCUCUUCUGCUGGCUAGACCGUUGGGUGAACCUAACCAUGGAUGACAUCCGCCGGAUGGAGGAGGAGACACAGAGAGAGCUGGACCAGAUGCGGAAUGAGGGAUCUGUCAGAGGAAUGAAAGCAGGAGAAGACUAGACAGAGGGAGGGAGAAAUAGAUUGGAUGGAAGAGAGGGAUAUGGGGCUAUGUUUAAUCAACCAUUAUUCGACCUUCAGUCCCCCCAUGGCCAUUCACAGCGUGCCACAUCACCGAGUCCUUCCACACAUGAAACUGUCAUCCCUCAUCCAGGAAGUGUCUAUGUGUACGUGAGAGUGCAUGGUUUCUAUGAGAGAAUGUGUAUGAGUGUGUAUCUUUGUCAUAGUUUUUGUCCUUGCUUUUCCGUUGGCUCUUAACCUCAUUAUUUGCUGGCAAAAUUAAUUGUUUUUUACCGAAAAAUGUUACACGAUAUCAACCUUUUUAUAAUAAGUAUUAUUACGCUCACUGUUUUUUAUUCAUUUUGAACCAUUAGCUCGUGACUAUGCCAGUGAAUCCCAUAAAAAAUCACCCCCGCUAUUAAGUCUGUGGUGCAUUUCUCCUAUUUACACAUGUAUCUAAAUUAUGACGAUAACCAUUCACUUAUUUUAAUUCAAAUGUAUGCUACUUCAAGUCUCAGUGGUAGCUUCAGAUUGAAGAGAACCUGUGAGAGAGUCACCAUUUUAAUGCAGACCUAUGAACGUUUUGAGAUGAUUGAGUGGAUGACAUGUCUUUUAAACUUGAGUGGAACCAGUGGAACCCCUCCCGCCUCUGCCCAGACCACGCUUCCAAAGAGUUGGGUUGGCUAGGGAACUUUUGGAGAGUUGAGUCUGAUUUAAUAAUAAUAAAGACUAAUAUUGACUAUCAUGAA